UCAAAAGGACGCUUGGUCGCCGAUCGUCCAUCGUCCAUGCUCCGCCAUUUUGUUACUUAUUAUUUGUUAUUGCAUCGUGUGUGAGUUAAUACCAAAUUCCAAUUUUUUUAUUCUAUUUGAGUUUGAUAAAUUUGAGUUAUACUGUUCUUAAUUUGUUUAACUAUCCACCGACAUUUUUAAAGGAGCUGGGUAAACCUAUUCAGCUGUAGAAGUUGUAUCUAAGCAUUUGGUGACUUACACCUAAAGAGGUCAAAAUGAGUAAUGGCACUAGGGUGUUUGUCGGCGGCCUGUCUCAUCGCGUUCGCGAGAGGGAUCUCGAGAGGUUUUUCCAGAAAAUUGGCAGAGUCAAGGAUAUUGCUAUGAAGAAUGGAUAUGCUUUUGUGGAAUUUGAUGACUACCGUGAUGCUGAUGAUGCUGUAUAUGAAUUGAAUGGUCGUGAAUUGAAUGGCGAAAGAGUUUCUGUUGAACGAGCUCGUGGUACACCAAGAGGCAGUGAUGUUUGGCGUGGAUCAGGGAGAGGUGGUGAUUUACCACCUCCUCCACCGAGACGACCUCGUCGUGAUGCUAGGGAUGAUAGAAAUGAUAGGUAUGGUCCACCAACAAGAACAAAUUAUAGAUUAAUUGUUGAAAAUUUGUCAAGUCGUGUUAGCUGGCAGGAUUUAAAGGACUUCAUGCGCCAAGCUGGGGAGGUUACUUAUGCUGAUGCACAUAAACAGCGCAAAAAUGAAGGUGUUGUUGAGUUUGCAUCUUAUUCGGAUCUUAAAACUGCAUUGGAUAAGUUGGAUGAUACAGAAUUGAAUGGGCGUCGCAUAAGGCUCUUAGAAGACAGAAGUAGUAGUCGCGGUCGUGGUGGAGGCAGGCGCAGUCGUAGUCCUUCAAGUUCUCGUUCUCGUUCAAGAUCCCGGUCUCGUUCACGUCGGCGUGUACGCUCUCGUUCAAGUAGAUCACGAAGCCAUUCCAAGUCAAAGUCUGAGUCUCGCUCGAAAUCUCCUUACAAAUCACCAGCUCAUUCCAAAUCACGUUCCCGUUCAGGAUCUAUAGAUAAAAAGAGGUCUCAGUCACGCUCACAGUCAAUAUCUAAUAAGCGUAUUAAACGCGAUUCACGUUCACCUGAUGAAAAAUCUCGCUCGCCGUCCAGAGAGAAGAAUGGUGAUGCCAGUCCACAGUCAGGAGACGAUUAGAGAUACACAUUGAAUCCUCUAUUAUUAUAAUUUUUUUUAUAUAACAAUUCAAUCUUUUUCUAUCCAGUUUAACUUAAUGUACACUUAAUCUAACCAUUUGACUAGGUCAUUUUUAUGUUCAAUGCCGUAGAGAUAAAGUACCAAUUAUCGAUUUUACAGAACAUUUUGUAUUUGAGACUUAAGAUUACAUUUGAAGAAACAUUCAUGAAUGUUGUGUUUGACAAAAAACCAUAUUCAUAUAUGUAACAAAAUGAAUAUAAAAUGUAUAAUA